ACAGGGGAGUAGCCUCAUCAUAUGUAGUUGCUCAAAUAUGUAUUUGAAUUAAGGUUGCGAGGUCAUUUCCCACACCGUAAGCCUUCUUUGUAUGCACAAUUUAGCCUAUAGUUUAUUUAGUUAUUUUAUGCAACUUUUAAAGAUGCCAUCACCGAAAGCGAGAAGAAACGGCAGUCGAAGUGGCAGUGUUUCAGGAAUCUGUGGUAACAGUGUCAAUGGAAGAUUUGAUUUCGGGGCAGUGUCCCCUCGUAGAUCUGUGGAUUACUCGUCGCGACGCCGUGCUUCGAGUUUUUCUAGUGCGUCUGCAUUCGUUAUUGGUACACAGUCUCAGGACAAUGCAAAGCGACUCAAUUUAUCUCUUCUCACCAUUGCUUUUAGGUUUUUACUAGCUAUUGACUUAUGGCUUUCGAAACGACUUGGUGUUUGUACUUGCGAAGACUCCUUGCUGGGCAGCAUGAGGCCACUUGUAAAACUGGUGGAGGUGAGCGGGCACGGAGUACCUUGGCUUAUGAGCGCGGCUUAUGGUUUGGUCCACAGCGACUCAGCGGCUGACCUGGAGACAAUGUUAAACCUUUUAAUGGCCUUGGUGCUGGACAUGGCCUUAGUUGGAAUUGUGAAGGCCAUCGUGCGUCGCCGGCCUCCGUCCCAGAGCCGUUCAGACAUGUUCAUGCCCUUGGCGGUGGACCGCUUCUCCUUCCCAUCAGGCCAUGCUACUCGGGCCGCCAUGUGCGCCCACCUCAUGCUCACGCACCUGGUGCCCGCCGCCGCCGCCCCGCUGCACGCCCUGGUCCUGGCCUGGGCCGGGCUGGUGGGCCUGUCACGGGUCCUACUGGGCCAGAGCAACGUGACGGACGUGCUGUUUGGGCUGGGGCUGGGCUACUGCCACUACAGCCUGGUGGAGAGGCUUUGGUUGUCCCCCGAGCGCCUGCAGGACAUCCUGACGACCUUCCUGCAGAACAGACUGGCCGGAGCGUGACUGAG